AUGUCCCAACCACAGAUAUUUAAAGCCACCUAUUCUGGCGUUCCCGUGUAUGAAAUGCUGUGCAAGGGCAUUGCAGUUAUGCGACGCCGUUCGGAUUCAUACCUUAAUGCGACUCAGAUCCUAAAAGUGGCUGAUUUCGACAAGCCUCAGCGAACCCGCAUCCUCGAGAGAGAAGUGCAGACAGGUCUUCAUGAAAAGGUUCAGGGUGGUUACGGAAAAUAUCAAGGCACCUGGGUUCCCUUUAUUCGAGGCGUCACCCUUGCCCAGCAAUACCAAGUAGACCAUCUCCUUCAACCUAUCCUACAGUUUGUUAAAGGCAAUGAAAGUCCCCCACUUGCUCCCAAACAUGUCACAGCUGCUACCGUACGCCCUCGGAAACCUCGUGAGACCCGCCGAAAGCGAGCCAAACGCCUCGAAGAAGACGUAUCAGAAGGCGACAUUUCAUCUCAGUACAGUGAUUUGCAUGACCAUGACCCACCCAUCUCACUUGAGACAGGCUCACCUUCACCAUCUCCCUUGUUUCGCUCAACCAUGGUUCGUGAUAAUACUUUCAACGAAGAAAGUACCAGCCAUGCAAAUAACAGUACUUCCAACCACCUUCUACCUCCCACACAAUCUUCUCGCACAAAACGACCAAGAGCAGCUGUAGAAGAAGCGCUGGAGGAUAGUGAAGAAGAGGAGGGCGUGGAGAGAACAUACGCACAAAGACUGCUGCGCUACUUUGUGUCCGAGACUCAGGGACCUCCCUCAUUCUUACUUCACCCACCACGCGAUCUCGAUGUGAAUGUGAUUAUUGAUGAGGAGGGGCACACCAGCCUUCACUGGGCAGCUGCCAUUGGUCGCAUUCAAAUAGUGAAGCUACUUAUAGAUCAAGGGGCAGAUAUUUAUCGGGUCAAUUACAAGGGCCAAACUGCUCUCAUGCGUAGUGUCCUCUUCACCAAUAAUUUUGACACAAAGUCGUUCCAACUUUUACUCGAUCUUUUACAAAAAACCAUCUUUAAUAUUGAUAAGAAGGAUCAAACUGUAUUCCACCAUGUGGCAUCCACAGCCAGCUGGAAGGGAAAGGUCCAUGCAUCACGUUAUUAUAUGGACUGCCUUAUUGACAAGCUUGCUUAUAAUCGAUCCGAGUUGAUUUCUAUUCUUAAUGUACAGGAUGUUUAUGGCGAUACUGCAUUGACGAUUGCUUCGCGUAUAGGCAACAAAAAACUUAUUCGCCUAUUAGUAGACGCAGGAGCAAGUACAGAGAUUGCCAAUGAAGAAGGUAUGACGUCCCAAGAUUACUUGAUGGAAAUCGAGCGUGAAUCGACCCGUAACAGCCACAGCCACCAGGAUGGUGAUCAGUCCUCGCCGCAUUCUUCUGGAACUGAAAUGGCUGCUCGUACUCGUCUGCGCCAAAAGGUUGAAUCGAUGUUUAAAUUUAUUCUGGCCAAUGAUCGCUCUGUUCCGGCUGUCUCGCAGUUAUUUGAUGGAUUUGCAAGUAGCUACGAGCGUGAGUUAGUACAAAAAGAGCAGGAUCUUAAAGAAAAGAAGACCGAGCUUGACUUGGUUCACAAGAGACUGGUCGGCACACAACACGUGCUGGAUCACACUGAAGCAGACCCAGUCCUGCUGGCCCAGACGGAGAUCCAAGCAACCCAGCUAGCUCACCAGUUGCGCAAACUUACACAGUAUGUCCAGAAGAAGAAGCUAAAUAGACUUGUCCAAACUACAGAAUCCAUGCAGGCUCCUUUGACUACAACAGAUGUACCCACAUUAAAACACAAAAAGGCUCAGCUCUUGUCUCAAUUUGUGAAACUUCAGAAGGCGAGACAGGCCAAGGUUGACGAGCUUAUGAGUCUCAAAUCUGAAAGGCCAGAGAAGCGAUACCAGGAAUACAAGAGGCUAAUUUCGAUGUGCUGCAAUGUAGCUUAUGAAAAUGUAGAUGUAAUGCUCCUACCACUACUUGCUUCUUUUGACGAAGCUGCAGCUUAA